AUGUACACCACAGACCCUGUUGCAGACCCGCUUCUUCAGCCGUCUGCUUCAUCUGACCGUCCAGUUCCAGACCAACCCGCAUCCAGCCAAAAAUCGAAAGUCGACCCCGACAAUCCAUGCAAUCCCGGCAGCGUCGGCCAUUUCUACGGUGGUUGUAAACCUUGCAACAAGUACAAUCCUGAAAGGCCUGAUGACUCGUGCAAACACGCGGAAACGUGUUCUUUCUGCCACAGCAAGGAGCAUGAAAGACCAAAACACAGGGGUCAGAGAGGUCGUCAUGCCUUGCAGCGGAGGCAGUUUCUUGAAGCACAAGACAGGAUGAACGGUGAGCUUCGGAGCAUCAUCAAUUCAGUUUACAACGUGCCGCACGACACCCUGGAACGACUAAAGAGGCUGAUGAAGGAGCAUUUGCACAACAACCCGACCGCAUGGAAUGACCAGGUCCAAUUUCUGGUCCAGCGCAUGGCAGAGAUCGGAGACGAAGCUCAGAAUCAACGACCAGACAAUGCGCGAGUUCGACGUGCCCGAGGGGACCAGGCGCCUGCGCAGGUUGACUUGGACAGCAGGUGCAAGUGGUACACUGGGACCCUCCAUCUCAUGGUCAGGAAGAUGUAUGAAGAUCAAAAGGACGAGAAACAGAAAUUGGAGGAUAUUCAAAAGGCUGUGAACGCCAGCCUGGAGAAGUUCAAAGGAUUGGAGCAAAAGCUGAAAGAUAAUCUGAAGAGCACCGAGGGUCUUGAGGAUGAGGUGAAGCAAGCGGUCGGGGCCAAUGGCUGGCUUGCACAAGACCUGAUCGUGCUUGUCCAAAAGGAGAUUCACAAGAAGGAAGAGAAGCAGGUUUGGGAUGAUUUGAGGAGCGAGCUUGGCUUCAUGCUGGAGGUGACCGAUGAACAGAGCCGUGCCAAGAUGCGCCGAGCUUGCAAGCUUGAAGAGUUGUACACGAUCGUGAGGGAGACGGUGGGGGAGCAGAGAGCUCGCAUUCUCGGGCCACUAGAGGACGAGGAAGACGAGGAGUGGUCAUCGUGUCCGGGGCUCAGUUUGGCAGAUUGUGGCAGUUUGAUGCCCAAUCCCCUGACUGACAUGACCCAGACCAAGCUCCAUGAUCGAGUCGAGGCCCUCUGCUUCUGUGGGCACACCAACAAAAAGGAGGGGCACAUUGCUUUCCUAGCAUCCCUUCUCCUGCACAGGCGCUUUGAGCUGAAGCGUCUCAUGAGCACUCAUACGAUGCCCCCCAAGGCGAAGAAGAUGAUACAGGUUGAACAAAGGGACUGUUUGGUUUCUGGCAGUGGCCUCUUCCUCAAGAAUGACAAGCACAGAGUUUUCUCUCUCAGCUUCUAUCUUCAAAUCACAGAAGAUUCUAUCUUCGAAGCGUCCGAAGGCGAGGACUUCUUUUCGAAGUGGUCCUUUUUUGUCGGCCCAGAUCCGACCAAGGGAACAGUGAAGUUCCUGUCCUUCGAGGAGGCCACUGCGCAAGGCUUGAUCCAUGCCUCGUUCGACCGAGUCUACAUGGGGUCAGAUGCCUCAGAGGUUCUUGGGCCGACGGAAGGGCGCAAAACCGUUCGAAUCGAGUCCAACGAGUGGUUCAGGAAUGGACUUAUCGUCUUGGAUAUCGAUCACGCACCUGUCGGCUGUGGUACGUGGCCAGCCUUCUGGAUGUUUGGGGAGGACGCGCAGCACGCCUGGCCCCGGUGGGGCGAGUACGACAUCCUGGAGUCCGUGCACAACCGCACCCAGUCUGCGACCACGCUCCACACGCGAUCGGACUGCGAUCAGACAGAUGUGCAAAGCCAUGUGGACUUCAGUGAGGGGUGGGUGGCCGGCAAAUAUGGCACAAAGGCGAAAGACUGCUUCGUCAAGGCAAGGCACGCAGCUGGUAAAGAUGGCUGUCAGAAUGGACAGUCGAUACAGUCGUAUCAGUGUCGUGUCGCGUCGGAAGAGCAGGCCCCGAACGAGUUCACGAACCAGGGGUGUGGCCAGAAUCAGUCCGGGCCUUUUCCUGCAGCGGUGCUGACACAGGGUUCUGACAGAGUCCUAGCAGUUCUAGUGAGUAUGCAGAACAUGCAAGGCCUUAUGGCUCCUUCGGGCGGCCGUUGA